GGAGGAGAUCCGCGCGACACGGAGGAGGUGCGAACAUGGCGGCCCUGGUGCAGAUGGCCUGUUGGUUCCACGGCCGGCUAGCGGUGCGGGCCGGCGGCGUCAGGCCGCUCAUCCCCGGCCUGGUCCCGGCGCACUUCAGGAGCUUCUCCCUGAGGAGGGACCCGGAGGAGCCGGAGGAGCUGGAGGAGAACCCGUUCUACUGCCGCUACCGGGAGAAGAUCCAGAGGGCACGGAGAGCCAACCCGGAGGAGUCCCAGACGCGGGCGGAGCUGCGGGUGGAGCAGAGACAUGAGUCCAGGGUGGAGCAGCUGGGCGCCAGCCAGGCGGAGUUCGUCAGGAGGAUGGAAGAGGAGCUUGAGAAGAGAGACCAUCUGGCGGCUAGCGGAAGAGAGACGGGAGGGUUCACUAAAGACAAGACGCUGGCGUCCAUCUUAGACAUGGACCUGGUCCAGGACAAGACCGGAAAGGAGAUCUCAGAGCUCUGGAUGAGGUUCUACUCCACCAAGGACACCAUCAGCGCCGUCAUAUCGACGGAGACGUUUGGACUCAUGUUCAGCAGAGCGGAGGCCUGUCCCAGGUUCCUGUUUGCUCUGCCCCAGGCGGAGGGAUACGAGUUCUUCCUGGGGGAGUGGUCCGGUCACCAGCUGCACUUCACCUCCCUGAUCAAUGCUCAGGUGCUGGGGGGGCGGGCCCCCAGCCAGCUGGUCCUCUAUCACUUCCCUGAGCUGCAGGAAAGGGGCGUCGUCCUAAUGACCGCCGAGAGGGACCCCAAGGCCAUGACUGUGCAUCAGGCCCAGUGUCUGGCCAAUCAGGUGCAGCUGUUCUACGGGAGCCCGCGGCCGGAGACGUUCCGAUUGGUGGAGAGCUUUAACCACGCCCCUGCCGGCUUCCAGCACAUGGCGGUGAUAGAGGAGCUGGAGGAGAGCGGGCUGGGGGGGGGGGGGGGGGGGAGACUAGGGGGGAGAGACUAGGGGAGGGAGGGAGGGAGAGACUAGGGGAGAAAGGGAGGGAGAGACUAGGGGAGGGAGACCUGAUGACUGAGAGAGAGACUACGACAGAGGGACAGAGGGAAUAAGAGCGUGUGAGAGACGUCUCUCAGGCAGUCACGUCCCGUCCAGCUGAGCUCUGCCGCCCCCCAGUGGCCGCGGUGCUGAACUGCAGCGACCUCCACAGGAAGAGGAGGUUCUUCUGGUGUUCUGCUUCUUUUGGUUCAGUGUGAAAUAAAAAUAAAGCCUACCUUCAA